AUGGGCGCAGAAGGCUUCAUUGCACCGUUGCUGGGCGCCUUACAGGCCUGCGUGUCUGUCCUCCUCACUAUCUGCUACGGAAUCGCGGCCCAACGACUUCAAUUGAUGCAUAAGGCUUCGAUCGACGAUAUGGCAGGUUUGAAUGUCAAGCUCUUUCUGCCUGCGUUGAUCAUUGUCCAUUUGGGCGAGCAAUUGCAUGCUGGGAAUCUGUUGAACUAUGUUCCUGUCCUGGUUUGGUCGAUGAUUUACACCGGCGGUUCAAUCGGAUUCGCAUACCUCCUCACGAAGGGAUUCAAACUCCCACCCUGGGUUACACCGGCUUGUACCUUCAACAACACCACAUCACUCCCGUUGCUCCUCUUACAGUCUCUGGAAAGCGUUGGAAGUCUUCAUCCGAUUGUUCGUGGUGAAGAUACGGUCCCGGAUGCAAUUCGCCGGGCUCAAAGUUACUUCCUCGUUUGCGCCGUGGUCAGCAAGACUAUUGGAUACGCUGUCGGUCCCAGGUUGCUUGAGGCGCAGACCAGCAGCGAUGAUGGACAAGGUAGACGCAUAACAGAGGCAGAACAGGGCGAUGCCGAAGCGCAUCAUGCUUCAGCAGCGCAGCAGGAGGAUGCCAAUGAGGAAACCUCUUUACUCCCAGACCGCGCACACAAAGCAGGUCGUCAAAUUCGCAGUCAAAUUAAGCACUACGGGGGAUUUGUCACGUCGUGCCUCCCAAAACGGGUCAAGCAACGACUUCUGGCGCCAUUUGAAUCUCCAUUUGCAGAUGUCAUGAUUACUUGUACGAUAGUCGGCGUGAUUUUGGGAUCUGUGCCGCAACUACACAAGGCAUUCUUUAACCACUCAGAUGAGGGUGGUAUUUUCAACGCAUGGUUAACGUCCAGUGUCAAAAACAUUGGUCAGUUAUUCACGACGCUUCAGAUCUUCAUCGUCGGAGGGAAACUAGGUCUCGGUUUUGAACGGAUGAAAGGUAGAUCUGGUCGUAUCCCUUUCAGGGCGAUUUUGACUAUUUUCCUCGUUAGAUUGGUUCUAUGGCCUGCAAUCAGCAUUUCUGUCAUCUAUGCCCUUGCCAAGGGGACAAACAUCCUCCAGACCGACCCGAUUCUCUGGUUUAGUAUGAUGCUAAUGCCUGCUGGACCGCCGGCGUUGGUGAUAUCAGGAUUAGCUGAAUUGGCUAAGAUUCCUGAAACGGAGGAGAUUGAGGUGGCGAAAACGUUGACGAUCAUGUAUGCAUUGUCGCCAUUUGUAUGUCUGUCCAUCACGGGAGCGUUGAAAGCUUCUCAAGCUGCAUUGGAUGCGAGGAGUUUAUGA